UUCCUUUGCAACUCGGAACGCGUGGUUAGUGCUUUCAUUAAAAAUAAAUAUUAAAUCUUGUGUUUUAAUAAACAAGUGAAUAGUGAUUGAACGUUGUAUAAAACGUACAAAUAGUGACUAACGUGAUAAAGUUUUUUAACUAUUAAUAGACCUGAUUAUUUUUAUAAUGACUGAUGAUGCUUGGAUCUAGGAUUCAGUGAUCGGUGACAGACGUAAUUAACAAUGGCAGUGAUGAAUUUUGGCGUGUGUUUGGUACUGGUGCUUUAUCAGUUGUCAGCAGCAUACAGUGAUGAGGCAUCAUCUGAAUCUGCGGAUCUUGGUUUGACAGAUCCAAAAGUAGACAGUGACUACGAGGGUGUGCGGUGUUACUGCAACAGUGCCCAAUGCGUAGGCACAGGCUACAUGUGCCGGUCGCCGCGUGGCGGUGGCUGUUACAGCGAGCUGCCAGCUCCUAGGCGUAUUCACCAUGCCAGACACGGAUGCUUACACCAUCUGGCUGACACGCAAGAAGCAGCGUUAUCCCGGUGCCAGAACGCCCCAGUGCCGGGAGGUCCCCCGCCAACCCGGGAGCCCUCUCUGCUCCUCUGUUGCUUUCGGGACUUGUGCAACCACGAAGAUAGCCCUCAUGCGCCUGGCUUCAAUAUUACUAAUGAAUUAGAAGGCACGGCUGUAGCAAGUGAGCGCGGUGCUGGGUACAAUGGUGAAGUCUGGUUCAAGGCGGCCACCAUAGCCGUACCUGUUUGCGGCGCGAUCAUAUUAUUCGUGUUGGUCGGUGUUGCUGUGAGACUGCUGAAGGCCGACGCCCUGCUGCAUGCAGAUAGGAAACUUAGAGGCGGAUACAUGUCGCCAAUAGCACAAAAUGCAACAGAUGAUGUGAAGAAAGUCUGGGUUGGUACGUCAGCCCCUCUUCUAGUAGCCCCUGGGGGGUGUCUUGUUGAAGUAAAACGCGCUCAGCUGGUCGACGGACCCUCGCAUCAACAGUUCUGUGAUAUACAGCGAUAGACUGUCAAAUUGAUAAUGGGAAAAUCUCAUUGGUGGCCUGUAUCGUGGUGUGAGGGCAAACAGGUUUUUGUGUGGCAGGAAUUUUUGAUACAAAUGUGCCUUAAAUUUAUCGUAAAAUCAAUUAUAUGUAAUGCAAGGUUGUGGAUUUUACUGUUUUUUAUAAAUGGAUGAAUCUUUUUAUAAUGCCACAAGGCUAAAAUGUAGAAAUAGUAUUUUCUAAGGAUUGUAAUUAGGUGAUAACUAUGAAACGACUGAAUUACGGGCCUUUUUAAUUUUCAGCAGGUUUUGUUUGUUUUAAAACGCUUUUAUUAACACUUAUGAAUGACGUCGUCGUCAAUUAGACAUGAGUAGGAAAUUUAGUUUUUAUUUCUAAUACAUAAUAAAACAAUCUUCCCGACCGGCCCGAUAGAGAAUCUUCUUAAUAAAAUUGAUCUCAAGUUUAUUCGCAACCGUCACACCUCGAAACAGCCCACACGCAUACCAAAACCAACAUUUUGUAUAUUUAAUUUUAUUGACUAUUAUAAGCGCUUUGUGUUCCUUUAUCAUUGUAAAUAUUAAAGUUAAGUGUUAAGCUAUCUCCUCUUUCAUGUAAACGUAAUAGACGUCAGUUACCAAACUUGUGAAACAAACUGAAUGUGUCGACAAAAACAACAAUGCAUUUUUAUAAACACGCAAGUAUUUUUAUAUGAACAUUGUUUUUUGCAGGGGUAUACCUUUAAAGCAAAAUCUUUUUUAUAGAUUUACACAACGUUCGUGAAUUUACAAGUGACGACAAUUGUUUAAUACGAAAAUAUUAUUAUAAGCGUAAAGAUUUGUUAUAAAAGUCAUCAGUUACAGGCUUAAAUAUCUAGAAUUUAAGUGCACCCAAUUAAUACUGCAUGAAUUUCCUUUUCUUCCUUCCUUUUAUAAAUUAUUUAUAAUUUCCGUAAAGUAUAGAGCAACCCAAAAUUGUAUCAUUUUAUAAGUGGAAAGAAUCAUGAGCCCAAAUUAAUAUUACAAUCGUUGCUUAAAUAUGCAUUGAUAUGCAACAGUUUUAAGUAGUUUUUUUUUUCACUAUUGCAAUAAGGUGCAAGUGAAUAAUCUUGUUCUGAUUAGGCAAUUGCACAAACAUGGUAGUCUAACGGAUUAAUCUUCCGCCUCUCUUUUCGACUGCCACUGCACCCAUCACCCUGAGACAGAAGUUGUUAAGUCCCCAUAUGCCUGUAAUUACAUCAAAAUUUUUAUUUUUAUUUAAGUGUUAUCAUUGCAUAAUAUAUAGCAUAUCAAUGUAUUUUUGUCAAAUACUUUUGUCAGUUUUAUUUUAAACAUGUCUCCGAUGGACAUUAUCACAUUUUUGGAGAUACUCUGUAGCAUAGGUUCCCAAACUUUAAACUUUUUUGCCCACUUGGCAAGAUAAAACAAUUUCCACGCCCGCCACAACAAAAAAUAAUUGGAAACACGUAUUUUUUAUAUAAACUUAACAGAAAUAAUCACAAUGAAAGAAAUAUUUAUUGGUAGUGUACUUUAUAUAGGUUUUUUCCAAAUGCGUAGCACCCCCUGGACAACGUCAACGCCCCCCAUUUGCUUCUGACUCUACCUGGGACGCUUCAGCGCCCACUGUGGGAUGGUAGGGACUACGCUCUUAUAGAAAGGUACAAUCAAUGGCACAUCAAGUUUGACACUAUAAAUCGUUCUUCACCUUGUACUACUGUGAACUUGUAAAUAUUAAUGUAUAAUUUUAAGUUGUUACCCAUUGUUAACUAUGAAUAAUUGUAUUUAAAAAAAAGGAAGUGCCGAUGAUUUUUGAAAGUGAAAUCUAUUGAAAGGAUCACCUAGUCCUUUUUUAUCUGAUUCUUAAGUACUGAAUUGUUAUUUUUUUUAUAUUUACUUUUUUUCAAACUUUCAAUGGAUUUUUCUUAUGGUCGAAAACAAUUUUGUAAUCUA